CUGGCAACACUAAGUUGUACUUCAAUUUGGUUUCAAUACAGUACAGGCGUGAAUUUUAGUUAUAUUUUAAUCGUGUUUAAAAAUUUAAAAUGUAUACAGUCUCUAAAGGACCCAGCAAGAUUGUCGCGAAAACACGAAGAGGUCUUACACAAAAUUUAGAAAGAUUAGACAGCCGUAAAGACUAUAAUAGAAAAUCUUCAGACUCUGACAAUGGAGAAAUCAUAAGCAUGCCCAAACCAGUUUUUCAUUCCAAUGGCAAAAAAACUGUGCACCAAAGAAUACAGCAUCAUGUGAUUACCCCACAGCAUGAAGAAAUCAUAAGAUAUAUUAGUGAAACUUGGACACAAACAGCAAAUGGAGACAGUGAGCCAACCACACCAACAAGUACCAUUGGAUCAGGCAGCUCCUCACCUACACCUCCCACAAAUCUGUAUUAUCAAGAUGAUAACCCCAGCCCCGUGUUACAUGACUUCAAGCCAUUCGAUCUUGAGACAUGGUGGGGUAAAAGACUGUUCCAAAACAUCACAAACUCUCUCUGAGCCUCGAAGGUCCGUAGAAAUAAAAUGGGAACAUGAAAUUUUUCGAUAGCGUAAGUCACAAUCAAUUGCAGUUUACUAAAUUUUAUAAAUGUUUACAUAAUAUUUAAUGCAAACUAUUUUUGUGAUGCAAUUUUUCAUGCAGUAUAUGUCAUCUUAUCUUCUUGUCAUAUUAGUCUGGUUGAAAUGAUUCUGAUAAAUCUUACAGGGAUUUACGGUUUUGAAGUAAGGUGUCAUAGAAUAGAUUGAUGCCUAUGAUACAUUUAUGUAUGUUUAUACCUAGUUUCCGCUUUAUUGUACCCACUCUAAUCUGUAAUCCAUAAGUUUAGUAAUCUACAGUUGAUUGUGGAUCUCAGUAGAUAACACCUUAUUUUAUAUCUUAAGAAAAUCUUUCCAGAGCUCAAUUAUAGUUGCAACUGGCUUGCAAUGUUGUUUGAACCAAUAUUCUUUAAGAUUGUUUGUUAUGUUGGGUGGAUGUUAUUUUUCCUUUAUAUGAUGUUCAAUUUUUACAAAUUUCCAAAUAGUAUGAAAUAUAUACCAAAGAUUUUUUAAACAUUUUAAAAUGCUUGUUUUGCCAAAUCUAUUGAAAUAUUAAAUAUGUAAGUGCCAUUAUGAAAUAUUUCCCCCAUUUCAUGUAAAAUGAAGAUAUUAAUAACGGCAAUCAAAUUAUAUUAUGAUUUACUUAAAUAUUUAUGUACUGCAUUUGCAGAAAAGUUCAGAUAGAAUUAAAAAAUUGUUAUAAAUGUUAUUGUUAAUGACGCUAACACUAUUGAAAGUGCCUAAAUACUACAUUAAAACAUAAACUACUCUGUGUAAACUAUUAGAAUAUUUCCUUGUAAUGUGUCUGUUAUAACCCUAUCAGCAAUGAACAUGCAUUCCUGCACAAUUAGAAUACUUUAAAUGCAAAUGCAAUUCAUAAUAUGAAUAAUUAUUGAUUGUGUCAUAUGAAUGUACCUUAUAGGGCAUUAUACAACUUAUUUUGUUUAAAAUUUUACAACUUGUUUUGUAUAGAUGCGCUAAAAAGUAUGAAAUUAUCUGUAUGAUUCAAUCUUGAUAUAAAACUACAAUUUUAUUUUAAUUCUAUUUGCAAUAAGAGCUUUAUAUCAGUGUAUUUGUAUAUGAAGCAAGCUGAUAACUUACAUGUACUAUUUAUUACUUAAUAGUAAUAACUUUUUCUACAGUAAUUUAUUUAUUUUCAUAUUGAGCUUGUAAAAUUUCUGCAAUACAUACAUCUCAUCACAUUUUUUGUAUAAAAUAUUUACCCUUGUUAAGAAAUCAGUAUGUUGAUCAUGCGUUUUAGCUUUAUACGAUAAAUAAAAUUGUUGAUAUGGUUGAAAUGCCAUGUAAUGUCUUUUUAAUUGUUAUGUUUAGAGCUUCUAGUGCUUGAAGCGUGUGUGUCUUCCAUUUUGAUCGGAUAAUUUUAUAUGAAUCUUUGGAAUAUUGGUUUUGUUCAUUGUUUUUGUUUUUUUUUUUUAUCUUAUGGAUUUUUAUAUAAAAAUGAUCGAUGAUCGUUAAAAAAUAUAUUUCCACUAUAUUAGUAUGUUCGCUGAUCGCUUUUAUUUAUGAGUAAGCCAAAAACAAAUUAGAUGUUUAUUUACUGUCAAAUGUUUACCACAAAUUGAUUCGUUUCCUAAUUACGAUAUGAAAUAAUAACACAGAUCGAAUUUAAGUAUAUAAAUUAUAGAGAUUUUAGCAAUAUUUUAAAGAAAGAGCACGUGUAAUUGUUCAAAAUAUUUUUCGUACGAUAAUGUUGAAAAAUGAACAAAAGCACCGACGUAGGAGGAGUUUUUAUCCUUUUAGAUUGAAUAUUUGAGUAGUGAUAUGUAGCUGGAGGUAGAAUAUUUUUAGACUGAUUUAGUUAAUUAAAGUUAUGCUUUUUGUUGUAGUUGAAUAAACCACCUGACAAAGUU